UGUUAAAGUUGACGAAACCCACACCCAGAAGAGCAAAAUAGUGAUAGUGAGAGAGAGAGAUGGCGGAGGAAGUGAGCAACAAGCAGAUAAUUUUCAAAGGGUACGUGAAGGGGGAGCCGAAAGAAUCCGACAUGGAAUGCCGGACAACCACCGUGAAGCUGGAGGUUCCGGCGGGCUCCGACGCCGUGGUGGUGAAGAAUCUGUAUUUAGCCUGCGACCCAUUCUUGCGGCCUCGAAUGAUAGAUUAUGGAGGCAACUAUGUCUCGGCUUUCACGCCCGGUGAAGCUAUGGAAGGAUUUGGAGUGGGCAGAGUGUUGGAUUCUGGUAAUCCCAAGUUCAAGAAGGGCGAUUUGAUAUGGGGAAUCACCGGUUGGGAAGAGUAUAGUAUAAUUACUCAAUUUCAUGACCACCUUCACAAAAUCGAACAUACAGAUGUUCCCAUUUCAUAUUAUGCGGGAAUUCUAAGUAUGGUUGGUUUGACAGCAUAUGUAGGGCUAUAUGAGAUUGGACGUCCCAAAAAAGGAGAAACGGUUUUUGUGUCCUCUGCUUUUGGGGCUGUUGGUCAGCUUGUUGGACAAUUUGCAAAACUUGUGGGUUGUCAUGUUGUUGGUAGUGCUGGCACAAAAGAAAAGGUUGACCUGUUAAAAAGUAAAUAUGGAUUUGAUGACGCUUUUAACUACAAAGAGGAGAAAGACUUGAAUGCGGCUUUAAAAAGAUAUUUCCCCAAUGGAAUUGAUAUCUACUUUGAAAAUGUCGGAGGAAAAAUGCUCGAUGCAGUACUUCUCAACAUGAAGAUCCAUGGGCGCAUUGUUGGUUGUGGAAUGCUCUCACAAUACAACAAUCUCGAGAAACCUGAAGGUGUUCAUAACUUGAUUCUCAUCAUCAACAAACGACUCCGUUUUGAAGGAUUUCUUCUCGCAGAUCAUUAUGAUCUCUAUCCAAAAUUCCUAGAAACAGCUCUUCAGUACAUUAAGGAGGGGAAGAUUUCUUACGCAGAAGACCUUUCAGAUGGUAUUGAAAGUGCUCCUCGUGCUCUCAUAGAAUUUUUAAAUGGUCAAAGUAUGGGAAAGAAAGUGAUUGUUGUUUCUCAAGAAUAGACAUUUUAAUUUCAUGAAUAUCUCUAUAGUGUUCACAUUUCAUUUGCAUAUCAUGUAACAAUAAGAAAAACCUUUCGUUUC